AGGUCUUUGUUCAGAGAGGAAUUUGUGCAUCAAAAUGUAGCUCAGCGUGUGUAACCUAAGAAAUUGCAUACAUUUAAGUCUGCUUGUAUUGGACACUGUAAUUUCAAAUCACAUAUUUUACAUCUAAAACAUUAUUUGCGUUGUUAAACAUCUGCAAAGAACCGCUGGGGUUGUUGAAGACAGAAGGAUCUUGUUCACUUAGCUAGAAAACGCAUCAUUUCCGGAUUGGAUCCUUAAAGUAUGUAUUAACAUAGCUCUUGAAAUGAGACAAAACGUACAUAAAAAGACCAGCUUUUUAAAUAAAUACAUUUCAGCCAAAUUUAAAAUCGCUCAUAAGGAUGCACAUUUGAAUGCCUGCGUGGUUUCUCUCACGUUACCUUUUACUUUAUGCUGUAAUUUUGAAAUCGGAAAUAAUCCGUUUCCGUUACAACAGCAGCGCUAUUGUGGUUGACUAGAAACAUAGAGCGUCCCUCAAGCCACCGAAGCCUUUUUGGAACGCACAAAUUAGCUGCCAGUUCGUUGAUUUUGCAGUUAUAUCGGAAGUUGUUGUCGUGUUAUCUGUCCAGUUUAUGAAUCUUCUCCACAGUGUGGUUGUGGAAGCGAGUGAAGGCGGUCUCUUCGUCCAGGACUGUCGGCAGAAAUGAAGAGCCAACAGAAAAUCCCAGAUCCAGAUGCGAGUACUACUGUCAACGAGGAAGGCUCUGUCGCCACUGCAGAGGACCCAGCAGCUAUUGCAACCAUCCAGUCUGCUGCUACAUUCACAGACCAACCUAUCAAAUAUUUAUUCAAGACAGAAGGAGGAGGUGGACAGGUGACCUACAGAGUGAUCCAGGUGUCAGACGGUCAGUUGGAGGGUCAGACAGACGGAGCUGCAGCAGUGAGUCUGGUUACUGGGUUCCCUGCAACCACUCAAGCCAUCACGCAGGCUGUGUUCUCUCAGUCAGAGGGGAUAGAGGGCGAUGGCAGCAGUGAGACACAGUACUCUUACUAUCCUGCUACCAUUGCUGAAGCCCCAACUGGGACCAUGGUGACCACAGUGCAGGCAUCCGACACGGUGCUCAGCCAGACCACGCCCACAGGGCAGCUCUAUGUGAUGAUGUCACCCCAGGAGGUUUUGACAGGAUCCACCCAAAGGACAAUCGCACCUCGCACUCAGCCAUACAUAGCAAAACAAGAGCCUCCUCGAGGUUCCAGAGAUGAGAAAAGACGUGCACAGCACAAUGAAGUUGAGCGCCGGCGUCGUGACAAAAUUAAUAACUGGAUUGUGCAGCUGUCGAAGACAAUACCAGACUGCAACAUUGACUAUACUAAGACAGGACAGAGUAAAGGUGGAAUUUUAUCCAAAGCCUGUGACUACAUCAAGGAACUCAGACAGAGCAACUUGAAGUUGGGGGAAGAUCUCGGUGCACUUGAUCGACUUAGGAUCGACAAUCAGCUUCUCAGACAGGAGGCAUCAUUUACAGUAUGAUGGAAUGGCGGCUGCACGGACACGUCACACUGAUGUGAACCUGUUGUGACUUCAGUUGUAUCAGUUAUACUUAUUGUUAUUGUAGUAAGCGUCUUUUUCUAUAAAGCGUAUUUGUUAUAUUUUUUGUUAGUGUGAUUUACUGGUUUAUACUGAGACUUGAGAUAUUUUGAAGGCUUGGUAUCAACCUUUGACACUUGAUGUAGCUUAUUUUGAAAUGUUCUGUUGACAUCAAAAUAUGUGGCGGCGGAGCAAGAUGCAUGUUUUUUUACCAUAUGAGUUGAAAGUAGGGGUGGGCGAUACUACAAAUUUUGUUAUCGAUUUUUGGGGAUUACAUUACAUUACACCACCACCUAAAGGCAAAAAACUGGGAGUAAUUGAUAUACUUUUAAAAAUAUAAAUAUAAAAUAUAAAUUUUUAUAAGAUUAUACAUUUUUGACACAUGCCCUCCCCCACCCUCUCAUCAACCUUUGCAAUAAAAGUGAUUGCUGUAGUUGUCCCGUUGCUGCGAUAUGUUUGGAUGUGGCAGAUCUGACCCGUAAAUGAAUGACCAAACUUUAUAAUGUGCUUUUUUAAGAUUUUGGAGGCUGGUUUCGCCGCAAUCCACCCUAUUAUGCCACAGCAUUAUGCCUCAAAGUCCACCCCCACCUACCCAGAUAAUCGAUAUGGAAACAAACACCAAAAAUUGUUAAUGGCAAAACGUUUAUUUGUCUCUAAAGAUUAAAGUGAAUAACAGAACUGUGCAAAAUGUUUAGCAAAAUAAACUUCUUUACUUCCCAGUGAUCCUCUUCAGGGCGGCCCAGCUGUAGGCACCUGGGUUGCAAGCUGUAGAUGCUUGGUGUUGGCGAGUGAGUAAAGUGUCCGUAAGCUGUAGCUGAAGGGUGUCCAAACGUUUUUCCACGGAUGGCCGCAUACUGAAAAUCAAUAGAUGGGGGGGCCACUAUGAUAUUUUUAUGUAUCUUUUAAUUUUGUAAAAAGGCUAAAAAAGGUGUUAUAUAUAUUUAAAGACAAAGCUUUUGUAUGAUCAGUUAGUAUCAACAUUUUAGCUUCUUCUCUUUACAUUUUGCCGUUUUGCUCCAUUCUUCGCAUUUUUGCCGGUUAUUUUGGUUUACUAUAAUAAAAUAUUAGUCAUAUGUAGUAUUCUGGUCACCAGGCGUAAAAAAUGACAAACAUUAAUGCGACAUGACAUUAUAUUACUUUCCUUUCACACUGCAUGUAGUCAGCCAUGGCGUGAUAGUGAAAAAAAAGUUCUUCUAUUCCAUGUGGAAGUGGUAAGUUUUUGGCUUUUUACUUUGACUUUUUUCCCCACUCUGUUUGAAACCCGUUCUUAAGUUUAGAAUAAAUAAAUUGGAGGAUAACUAGUUAGCUCGCUAGCAUGCUGUGUAGCCGUGGCCGUCUCAUGUGUCCCUGCAGUGAUUCCGUAGCCUGCGCAUUAGCAAUGUGGUGUAAGCAAAGAAUAAUAGGAGCGUAAAGGUGACUAUUAGGUGUUAUUUCAUGUCUGCAGGGCUCUAACAAUGGUAAAGAAUGUAUUUAGAAGUACAUAAACAGGUUUUCUAUGCUGUAACUAUGAAAAGAUUCCAUUUAUUAAUAUUAAAUCCUACUUGACGGAAACGCACUUAUCGCAGCCAGGUCUACAACCAGUUAACCGCAAUAAACGAGGGGCGACUGUACCCGGGUUCUUCGAGUUCUCGGCGUUUGCGAGCAGCUAAAGACAGAAACAGGAAUUGGAAAGGAGAAUGGUUUGAGGCAAGGACCAGGACAGAUCUGUUGCUUUUUCCACAGGGCUAAUACAUACAGUGAUGUGAAAAAGUGUUUCCCCCCUUCCUGAGUUCUUAUUUUUAUGCAUGUUUGUCACACUUUAAUGUUUCAGAUCAUCAAACAAACUUAAUAUUAGUCAAUGACAACACAACUGAACACAAAAUGCAGUUUUUAAAUGAAACUUUUUAUUAUUAAGGCAGAGAAAAAAUCCAAACCUACAUGGACCUCUGUAAAAAAGUGAUAGCUCAAUUUUGCCAGAAAACAUCUUGACCUUUGGGAAGAUGUCUGACGAGACAAAAGUUAAAGUUCUUAGAAGGUGUGUGUCCCAUUACAUCUGGCGUAAAAGUAAUGCCGCAUUUCAGAAAAAGAACAUCAUAGCAACAGUAAAAUAUGGUGGUAGUGUGAUGGUCUAGGGCUGUUUUGCUACUUCAGGACCUUGAAAACUUGCUGUGAUAACUGGAACCAUGAAUUUUGUUGUCUACCAAAAAAUAUGGAAGGAAAAUGUCCGGCCAUCUCUUUGUGACCUCAAGCUGAAACCAACUGUAGUUCUGAAGCAGGACAAUGAUCCAAAACACACCAGCAAGUCCACUUCUGAAAGGCUGAAGAAAAACAAAAUGAAGACUUUGGAGUGGCCUGGUCAAAGUUCUGACCUGAAUCCUAUUCAGAUGCUGUGGCAUGACCUUAAAAAGGCAGUUCAUGCUCCAAAUGUGGCUGAAUUACAACAAUUCUGCAAAGAUGAGUGGGCCAAAAUUCAUCCACAGCGCCGGAAGAGACUGUUUGCAAGUUAUCACAAACGCUUGAUUGCAGUUGUUCCUGUUACGGGUGGCCCAACCAGUCAUUUGGUUUAGGGGGCAAAUUACUUUUUCACACAGGGCCAUACGGGUUUAGAUUUUCCAUAAUAAAAAUAAUAAUGAAAAGUUUCAUUUAAAACCUGCACUUUAUGUUCCGUUGUGCUGUCAUCGACUAAUAUUUAAAUUUGUUUGAUGAUCUGAAACAUUUAAGUGUGAUAAACGUAAAAAAAAAAAAAGUCAGGAAGGGGGCAAACACAUUUUCACACCACUUUAAAUACAAAUACAGUUAGAGUAAUAGUUGCACAAUUAAUGACAUGCUACCUUGUUUCUUUUUUCCAUUUUGUUAGCGGCAGCAGGGGUAAGUGAACAAGCUAACAGGGACGAAUACUCGUGUGUCCUGGUUCAGUAAAAAACGUGCAAGUUGUGAACGACUGCCAAUAGUCACUAUUUAUAUCUAGUAUGAGGCUUGCAGUGCUCAGCCAUCCAGUUUGAACGGUAUAGUACAUGUUUACAAUAAAUAAUGAUAGAAAGAUAGAAAGUGAUAUUUGCGUCUCCUCU